AUCAACCUCUCCACUUAGAAGGCUUCUUACUGGUCGAACAUUUUAUAUUUGAUAUAACUAAAUAAUUUUGAUACUUAUUAAUUAAUCGGUCCCCGAAAAAUUGUAUAAAUGCAUACAUUAAUCUAAAUCAAUCUUCAUAAUUAAGUGUAAAACAAUAAGCUAGAACAAAAACAGUUUAUAUCCAAUUUUAUAAAUAUUUUUUUAGAGAAAAUCAUGAAGGCAGCUCAAGUAGUUGAUCAAGAAGUGCAAACCGGCAAGGUGUCAAUAGAGUCAACCACGAGGCGAAGUGUAAGCCGGGGGCUAUCAAUACUAGAUUUCAUUCUGAGAGUACUUGCAGCCCUUGGAACCCUAGCAAGUGCCAUUGCCAUGGGAACCACCAAACAAACACUUCCUUUUGUUACUCGCUUCGUUCGAUUCAAGGCCGUUUAUAAAGACCUUCCCACAUUUACGUUUUUUGUGAUUGCGAAUUCUAUUGCGUUCGGAUAUCUUCUUCUCUCACUCACUAUCUCUUUCCUACACAUCGUCAAAUAUAAAGCCAUAAAUAGUAGAAUCGUCUUGAUUGUAUUCGACUUGGUAAUAAUGGGUGUAUUAAUGGGUGGAGCUUCAGCUGCGACAGCUAUAGUGAGCUUAGCACACGAUGGGAACACAAUUGCUAACUGGUUUCCGAUUUGCAGACAAUUCAAUAGCUUCUGUCAACGCGUUUCGGGUUCUCUCAUUGGUUCUUACCUUGCCAUAGUUCUCUUCAUCAUCCUAAUCAUCUUGUCUUCACUUGUCAUCUCUCGACGCUAGCUACCUACCUAAUUAUUUAAUGAUUACAAAUCUCUGUUUGUUAUUUAAUUUGCUUUAAUGGCAAAAAAUAAGAUUCACAAAAGAGAUGGAAUCGAGCGUACGUACUGAUGUAAUUUGUCAAACAUGGAAAUAUGGAAUGUGGUCUUUACCUUAUCAUGAA